AUGGCGGCACUGGCCAGUAGCCUGAUCCGACAGAAGCGGGAGGUCCGCGAGCCCGGGGGCAGCCGGCCCGUGUCGGCGCAGCGGCGCGUGUGUCCCCGCGGCACCAAGUCUCUCUGCCAGAAGCAGCUCCUCAUCCUGCUGUCCAAGGUGCGACUGUGCGGGGGACGGCCCACGCGACAGGACCGCGGCCCAGAGCCUCAGCUCAAAGGCAUCGUCACCAAACUGUUCUGCCGCCAGGGUUUCUACCUCCAGGCGAAUCCGGAUGGGAGCAUCCAGGGUACCCCGGAGGACAGCAGCUCCUUCACGCAUUUCAACCUGAUCCCUGUGGGGCUCCGCGUGGUCACCAUCCAGAGCACCAAGCUGGGCCACUACAUGGCCAUGAACGCCGAGGGCCUGCUUUACAGCUCGUGGCCAUGUACCGGGAGCCAUCUCUUCACAGUGUCCCUGAGACCUCCCCGUCCAGUCCCCCUGCUCCUUGAGAUGCAGCCCGUGAACUGGAGGCUCCCUGCCCUCAGGGAGCCCAGCACCACCACAGUCUGUCUCCUAGCCCUGCUCCAGGCCUUGCUCUCACCCUGCUGCCACACACAUGCCCUGAGCAGCCAGGGCUCACCAGGUGCUGUACCCCGAGGGCACCCAGGGGCUGGCUGGGACCUCUGGAGCCACUGAGCUCUUAGAUCCUGGGGCCCAGGAGAGGUUCCGAGACGGGGGUGCCUGAGACGAUCCUGGCUGAUCACUUCUUUCUUUCCACACUAACUCCUACCCCUUAAGAGAACCUCAGGUUUUCCUGAAAUGGCGCCGGGGGUUCCAAAACUGACAAAGCAAGGGAACUAGCCCUAUUCACCCUCGCUGAGCCAGUUUCUGAAGCCAUGCACUUCUUUCUGUUGCCAUGAAGCCAUAGCUUUGUAUGUCAGUGUGCUGGCACUCACAGUUAACUUCCUUCUGCCCCGGGCUGGGCAGGUUCUGACAGAGCUGAACUCCAGCCAGGGCCAUUCCUGUGUUCUGUAUUGGAGCCCAGGUAUGGCUCCUUUGAGCUUCUAUCCUUGACCUAGAUGUCCUCCCCAGUUUUAAAAAGAAGAGAGGCUGAAUUUGAGCCUCUUAAUGUAGCUAUUGGCCUUGGUCUGAAUCAGAACCAGUCUCAGGUCACCAUAGGUUAAACCUUCUUAUCCCAGAGACAUCCAGUUCUAGUACGGUGUUCUAGACCUUUCUGGAGCCAUUCUUCCCCCGAAUCUCUGCUCUAGGACAGACCACGACACUAAGCCCCGCUUCCAGGAUGGAACUGGGCCUGUGCAGCCAUAUUCCCGUGCUGGAGCGACUUCCAGACCCUCCCUCCCACUCUCUCUAAUGAUUAUUCAAGGAGGAGCUAUGGCUAGGACUGAGCUGCGGUUCCUUAGGCACUAAUGCUCCUCAGCUGUGCUUGGUGGCACGUGCCUGUAUUUCAGCACCCGGGAGACUGAGGCAGGAGGAGUUUUGAAUUGGAGGCCGUCCUGGGCUUCAAUGGCAAAACCCUGUCUCAAAAGCCAGCACACGCACACUCACACAGAGAGAGCACUUAAGACUCAAUACUGAAUGCGUCAAGAGCCACCUCACGGUUUUCCUAGAUGAUUUCCUUCAAAUCUUCCCUCUAGAACCCUAACUGUACUUUUACAUGGUUUCUAGUUUCUGCAUUCCAACUGGGGUUCUGCCGGGGAAACGAGUCUGGGGAAGACCCAGGAAUCCUGGAAAUGUAUGCCUGAUACCUGGUGUGACUGAACCCAUGUCUGAUUUAGAGAGACAUGAACACUCAGCUACCUCAGCAGGAGUUCCUUCCCUUCUAAAGCUGAGGUCCUUCUCGGGGUUCGGUGUGGUACAUCUGUGAGGCCACAGAAGGAGAACGGGGAAUAAAAGGCUAGCCCAACUACACAGUGAGCUCGAGGCCAGCCUGGGCUAUGUGAGAGCCUGUCCCAACAGAAAGCCGAGGUCUGCGACGACAUUAACUCUACGAUAAAGAAAGGACAAAAAGGACACAGCCUUGACUCCCUCUCAGCGACGAGACCCCGACUCAGCAAUAAAUCCAACUUCUCCCCGCCACAGGUCAGGCCUAGGAAAUGAGGGCUCCUUGGGCUCCCAGACCUCGUUUGUCCCCAGAGCUCUAACUAAAUAGAAUUUACUUUACCUUACAGCUUAUAACCUCAGCUGGGUUUUAAGUACCCAAAAAAGGACCUGAAAAUGGGGGAAGCCACAGGGAACCUCUAAUAAAGUAGGGGUAGAUUCCUAGCCUAGCAAACAGUAGGCGGAAACGGCGGAGGUCCGAAGGGAGGAGGGCGAGUGCUCAAAAGCAGGUCACUUUUCCUCAGGCCCUGUAACUUCUGGCUUGUCGCAAGAGACGCCCCCUCCCUCCCACGAACCCCGCUCAGGCUCCGCCCGUCUCCCGGCUCCGCUCGGCGGGGGGUGGGGGACCGGGUCUCCUCGUCAUGCUUUCUCUAAUUAAAGAUGAUUUCUACA